UCUUUCUUUCUUUCUUCAUCCUCACAACAAAAUACAAACUCUCAUGGCCAUGGAGCAACCCAAAGCAGCAACAACUCCGCCGCAACCACUGGUGGUCAUGAUGCCAACACAAGGCAUGGGUCACCUCAUCCCAAUGAUAGAGUUCGCCAAGCGCCUCGUGCGCCACCGCGACAACCUCCGUGUUAAGUUCAUAAUCCCCACCGACAGCGCACCCACCAAGACCCAAAACGCCGUCCUCCGAUCGCUCCCCUCCGCCAUUUCCCACACCUUCCUCCCACCCGUUUCACUCUCCGACUACCCCUUCGAAACCACCAAAAUUGAAACCAUCAUGGCUCUCACCAUCCUCCGCUCCUUUCCUUCCCUUCGCUCCGCCCUCCACGACCUCAUCACCUCCAACUCCUCCCUCGUCGUUUCCGCCUUUGUCGUCGACCUCUUCGGCACCGACGCCUUCGACGUCGCCGCAGAAUUCAACAUUCCCCGCUACAUCUUCUACCCUUCAACCGCCACGUGUCUCUCCUUCUUCCUCAACCUCCCAAAAUUCGACCAGAGCGUCCAGUGCGAGUUCAGAGAACUGGCCGAACCCAUCAAGAUCCCCGGCUGCGUCCCCAUUCACGGCAGGGACCUGCUGGACCCGGUUCAGGACCGCAGCAACGACGCAUACAAGUGGGUCCUACACAUCGUCACGCGCUACAGAGAAGCCGACGGAAUCAUACAAAACAGCUUCAUGGAGCUCGAACCGGGUCCCGUCAAGGAGCUCUUAAAAGACGAACCGGGAAGGCCCCCGUUUUACCCUGUCGGACCACUGGUCAACCUUGAGUGCGGUCGAACCGGCGUGGAGGGGGAGGAGAAUUCAGAGUGUCUUAAGUGGUUAGAUGAGCAACCAGCCGGGAGUGUCUUAUUUGUCUCAUUUGGCAGCGGUGGGACCCUCUCUAGUGCACAAAUUGAUGAGCUGGCACAUGGCUUGGAAAUGAGCGAACAGAGAUUCUUGUGGGUCGUUAGAAGCCCAAACGAUAAAGUGGCCAACGCAUCUUAUUUUAGUGCUGCCUCUCAAGCGGAUCCUCUCGCUUUCUUACCCAAAGGGUUCCUUGAGAGGACCAAAGGCAGGGGAUUCGUGGUGCUAUCAUGGGCACCACAGCCCCAAAUCUUAGCCCAUGAGUCCACUGGUGGGUUCCUCUCUCACUGUGGCUGGAACUCUACCCUAGAGAGUGUAGUGAAUGGGGUGCCGUUUAUUGCGUGGCCGCUCUUUGCGGAGCAGAAGAUGAAUGCGGUGUUGCUUGCCGAGGAGGCUAAAGUGGCUCUGAGGCCCAAGGUCUCCGAGAAUGGCUUGGUGGAGAGGGCGGAGAUUGCGAGCGUGGUUAAAUGCCUGAUGGAAGGUGAGGAAGGGAAGAAGCUUCGAUAUCGGAUGAAGGAUUUGAAGGAAGGAGCUGAAAGAGCUCUUUCUGAAAAUGGAUCUUCAACCAAUCAUAUUUCUCACCUUGCUCUUAAGUGGAGUAAUUAUUAUAAAACAAAAACAACUGCUCUGCCAAAUUAAGUAACAAUUAUGUAGCUAAGCUGCCUUAAUUAUUAUUUAUUAGCUAAAUUAUUAUCUCCAUUUACACUCCAUUUUCGUACUGUUUUUCUUCUUUGUAAUAUACUUCUCUAGUCCACCCGCCGGCCAAUUAUAAUUAAUAAAGCCGCUGUAUUUAAUUUGGGUAUGGAAUCACUUUGUUUAUUUC